AUGGACUCGCUCAAUAAUAUGGGGCUGAGCGACUUCGCUCAAAUGUCAGACCUGGAUGCGACCGCUUUGUUUGGGGUAGCGUUUCAACCGGAGCUAUCGCGUCUGCAAAAUGCAAGUCCUACUGUGGAAACGACCAGUCAAACUCCGAUCGGUCGUUUGGGACCGGGUGCAGAUGAAACACCUUCGACAGUGCUCUAUGGGGAAAACUUUGCAGAAGUGAAUCGCACUCUGGUCAGUAUGCUGGCGGUCAAAUGGCUUCUCGCAGACGACUACUUAGUCUUCGCUGCCGGUCAAAAAGAGGCUAUCAAGCUCAGCGAGAAAUCAUUCCGCCAGCUGCGAGACUUUUAUAUCCAGCGUUUGCCCACCAAGGACAGCCUCCAUAUGCUGUUGAUUGCCAUGGUGGUUGAUGACAUAGGAAAAGACCCCAAUCUUGCCAAGGAGGUGGAACAAAAAACUGGCGAAUCAGCUGGUGAAGACCAUUCACAGCUGGUAUUUCAGGCAGCCUCAGCCCGAAUGGAUCUUAUUCCUGCGCUCAGCAUGGUCUCAGCCCCUCUUCAGAGUGAUAUUCUCUGCUGUCUUCAGAUUGGAUCAUCGCUGAACAUCGCCCAAGUUGUACAAGGAGAGUGUCCUCCCGCCAGUCUUGAUAUUUUAAAACACCUACCUAGUGAAGGACGAGGUUUUACUUUGCGAGCUUUGGUCACUUUUCUUGAUGUUGCUGGUGCGGGAGGUCAUGCAGAUACCCGGGGUUGUAUUGUGAUGACCGAACCCGUAUUUCAAGGAUACAUCAAGGCAAUGGAAGCUCUAGAUGAAUUUGCCAAUGGCCAGACACCAUCUGCACACGCAUGCUACGAGCGCAUCCUUCAAUCCAGAGGGAGCAAUCUCCAGAAACAAGGAUUUACUCUCCCUUCUUUGGCUGAUGAGGAGUGGGCACUCCUCCGACUGCUUUGCAUGGGCCGAGUCACCACCAAAGACCAGGCUGAACAGUUCAAGCAGGCGUUGAACCAGCUUUCACCUUCAACCAAAGCUGACUUGGUGAAUGGACUCAAUGUGAAUGGUAUAGAUGACGGAGUUGCAAUCAUCCCUUACUAUGCACCUGGCCUCCUCAUCAGUGCCCUCAAGAACGCUGCAGACCAGACUGAUGACACAGUGAUUCCGCUUCUACGUGCAUUCAUGCGUUUUCUUGCAAAGGUUUUCGACGGCUCUAGGCCGCAACCAGGAGCCACUGGCGGGAUUGUUGAGCAUGAUCUUUCAUUUGUGCAGAGUGUUAUUAAGAGUGAUGAAUUUCAGAGAACCCCUGAGCUCUUGGAUGAGGUCGUUCUCCCGUGGCUGGACCCGCAACGACACCAAUGA